AUGCGAACCGUCGCCGCCCUCUCCGUCGCCGCCGUCGCUCAGGCCUCGUUCAAGGUCGGCACCGUCAACGACAAGUCGGCGCCCGUCCUCGGCUCCAUCCACGCCGAGGUCAUCCCCGAUGCCUACAUAAUCACGUUCAAGGACCACGUAGAUGACUCGGCCGCCUCGGAUCAUCACUCGUGGGUCAAGUCGAUCCACGGCGAGGAUGAGGACGAACGUCUCGAGCUCCGCAAGCGUGGCUCCAUCUCGGACGCCCUCUACAGCGGCAUCAAGCACACGUACAAGAUUGGCGACUCAUUCCGCGGCUACUCGGGCCACUUCCACGAGAGCAUCAUCGAGAAGCUCCGCAACCACCCGGAUGUCGAGUACAUCGAGCGGGACUCGGUCGUCCACACCAUGCUUCCCGUGGACUCGACGGAGGGCGCCGUGACGGAGGAUGCCUGCAACGGCGAGACGGAGAAGCAGGCGCCUUGGGGCCUCGCCCGCCUCUCGCACCGCAAGACGCUCAACUUUGGCACCUUCAACAAGUACCUGUACGCCGCCAGUGGCGGUGAGGGAGUCGACGCCUACGUCAUCGACACCGGCUGCAACAUCCAACACGUCGAUUUCGAGGGCCGUGCCAAGUGGGGCAAGACGAUCCCCGACGGCGACGAGGACGAGGACGGCAACGGCCACGGCACCCACUGCUCCGGCACCAUCGCCGGCAAAAAGUACGGCGUGGCCAAGAAGGCCAACAUCCGCGCCGUCAAGGUUCUGCGCUCCAACGGCUCCGGCAGCAUGUCGGACGUGGUCCGCGGCGUCGAGUACGCCGCCAUCAGCCACCUGGAGCAGGUCAAGGCGGCCAAGGCCGGCAAGCGCAAGGGCUUCAAGGGCUCCGUCGCCAACAUGUCCCUCGGCGGCGGCAAGACGCAGGCUCUCGACGCGGCCGUCAACGCGGCCGUCAAGACGGGCGUCCACUUCGCCGUCGCCGCCGGCAACGACAACGCCGACGCCUGCAACUACUCCCCCGCCGCCGCCGACGCCCCUCUCACCGUCGGCGCGAGCGCCCUCGACGACAGCCGUGCCUACUUUUCCAACUACGGCAAGUGCACCGACAUCUUCGCCCCCGGCCUGAGCAUCCUCUCCACCUGGAUCGGCUCCAAGUACGCGACCAACACCAUCUCCGGCACCUCGAUGGCCUCGCCCCACAUCUGCGGCCUCCUCGCCUACUACCUGUCCCUGCAGCCCGCCAAGGAUUCCGAGUUUGCCCUGGCCGACAUCACGCCCAAGAAGCUCAAGGACACGCUCAUCUCCAUCUCUACCGAGGGCAUCCUCAGCGACCUGCCCGACGAGACGCCCAACAAGCUGGCCUGGAACGGCGGCGGCUGCAGCGACUUUUCCAAGAUUGUCGACGCCGGCGGCUACAAGGCGACGGCCGCGCCCAAGAAGGCCACGACGCUGAAGAAGUUGGAGGAAGCCGCCGUCGAGGACCUCGUCACCGUCAGGGGCAAGAUUGUCAAGGGUGCCAAGUCGUUUGGCGACAGAGCCGAGAUAUUUGCCAAGAAGAUUCACGAUCUCGUCGAGGAGGAGGUGCAGCAGUCCGUUGCCCAUGUGGCAGGAUCGGACGAUUCGGUUGGUGCUGCCGUCGCGAAGCAGGAGCAGGCAGACACUGGACUUGCUCUGCCUCGAAAACCUCGUCUCUUCCCUCUGAUGGCCAGCCGACAACAUCACAACACUAUCUACGUUUUGCACUUCACCAACUAG